AUGGCAGACCUCACUCUACCAAAGUAUAUGACAAAUACCACCGAUGUAGAAGGAUACACUCGGAUCAAAAAUGUCUACGUCGGACUCCGCGAUGGAGUCGAGCUCUGCGCCGACAUCUUCUUACCGUUUUCGGCGUCGAAAGAAGGCAAAAAGGUCCCUGCAAUCCUCAACUUAGGCCCCUACGGCAAGGACAUACCUGUCCUGGAAUUCGGUCUGCCAAAGACUGAUAUAUCCUCUUCUUUGGACCUGUACGAUGUGAUUGAAUGGGCCAGCGCACAGCCGUGGUGCUCUGGCAAGGUAGCACUCAGUGGAAUCAGUUACUACGGCAUGACAGGAUACUGGGCUGCCAUGCAGAAACCUCCGCAUCUAUCCGCGGUGGUGACAUACGAGGCAGCCGUGGACCUGUACCAGGCAGCUCGCAAAGGUGGGAUUAUAGGCGCUAACUUCCAAACUCACUGGUAUAACAACAUCGUUGUCCCCUCCCAAUCUGGCAGCGAGACACUCUCCGCCGAUCAGCUUACCGCGAACCGCGUCGACUAUCCCGCUCUCGUAGGCAAGGACGAAUAUCCGGACGGCGAGUCGUGGCGGCUCCUGAAGGAACUCCGAAAACUCUCCGACAUCGAGGUGCCAAUCUACAUUUCAGGCAAUUGGACUGACAGUGAGCUCCACCUGCCCGGCAACAUCCGUGCCUAUAACGGUGUUUCUUCGAAGCAUAAAUGGCUCGAAAUGCACACGGGAAACCACCUAGAGUUCUACUAUCACCCGGACCACGUUGUGCUUCAAAAGAGCUUCCUUGAUUACUUCCUAAAGGAGGAAAAGGAGUCUGGCAUUCUCUCCGUGCCUCGCAUUCGACUCAUCACUCACCGCGGUAACCAAACGUUCUACCGCGAAGACGAGAAGGCAUUUCCGCCCCCAGAUGCCGAAGACAUCUCCUUCUACCUAACGCCAUCUCAAACCCUGACUCUCACACGACCGCCAACGGGUAGCAAGAAGAGAUUUGAGUACCCGGGCCUCACAGGCACGUUGACGUUCGAGCUCGAUUUUCCGUUCAGCGAACCUUUCGAGAUCCUGGGGACGCCCUACGUCGAGCUCGAAGUCGCCACGGAGGCCGAGGACCAGGAUAUCUUCCUGACGUUGCGCGUCCUUGACGCCCAUGGCAAGCCGGUUAUCCUGGAGGGAAACCACAGCGAGCCAAACGAACAUUUCGCUAAGGGGUACUGGCGGCUCUCACAUCGCGACGAGAUUGACGAAGGGUUUAGAGAUCAGGGGGUCAAGGUGCCUUCGCAGCCUGUUGUGCCUAGGUCGCCGGUCGAGAAGGGUAAAGUGUACAAUGUUACCAUUCCUUUCCUGCCGACAGCGUUCCUCAUCGAUAGGGGCCAGAAGCUGUCGGUGGAGAUUGGUGCGCAGGAUACACUUAGUACGAUCCCACCCAUGCGACAUGAUGGUGGGGAGAGGGAGCCGGGUAGGUUUGGUGGGAAGAACAUAAUCUUCUCGCAUGGACGGUUGGCUCUGCCAAGGGUUAGCAGAGCCGUUCCUUGA